GCGCUGGGCCGCACGCCGUCCUGACGUCACAUGGGCGCGCCGCCGCCCGCGCUGAGCGCCGCCGUGAGGGAGCGACCGGCGGUUCUGGGCAGGAUGACCACUCUCACACGGCAGGACCUUAACUUUGGGCAAGUUGUUGCAGACGUGCUGUCAGAGUUCCUGGAAGUGGCUGUUCACCUUAUCUUGUACGUCAGAGAGGUUUAUCCUAUUGGGAUCUUUCAGAAGAGGAAAAAAUACAACGUACCUGUCCAGAUGUCCUGCCACCCGGAGCUGAACCAGUACAUCCAGGACACCCUGCACUGUGUAAAGCCCCUGCUCGAGAAGAACGACGUGGAGAAAGUGGUAGUUGUAAUCCUGGAUAAAGAGCACCACCCUGUGGAGAGAUUCGUCUUUGAGAUCACGCAGCCACCUCUUCUUUCCAUUAGUUCAGAGUCCCUGCUCUCCCAUGUGGAGCAGUUACUGCGUGCCUUCAUCCUGAAGAUCAGCGUGUGCGAUGCUGUGCUUGACAACAAUCCCCCAGGUUGCACCUUCACAGUUCUGGUUCACACGCGGGAGGCCGCCACCCGGAACAUGGAAAAGAUCCAGGUGAUAAAGGAUUUCCCCUGGAUCCUGGCUGAUGAACAGGAUGUGCACAUGCAUGACCCCCGGCUUAUUCCCCUGAAAACCAUGACAUCUGACAUACUAAAGAUGCAGCUCUAUGUAGAAGAGCGAGCCCACAAAGGCACUUGAUUUCCAGUCUUGCCUUCAAGCCUCAUCUGAUCUUCCAGUGGAUGAAGAUAUCUCACAAACCAUACCUUGCUAACUGUCUCUUCAGCUGGCCUUCUGGGUGAAUGUAGAGCAGCUGCUGCCUCUCUAUUUCAAGUGCUCUUACCACUGUAUAUAGAACUGACUUGGAAUGUGGAGCCAGAGCCUGUUCCCAUGUACACUCAUGUGUGAGUAUAGGUUUUGUUCCAGUGACUCCCUGGGGGCAGGACAUAGGUGACUGCAGUGUGCAGUCAGUGCUUUGUACAGCUCCAGUUCUCACCUCAAUAGGGCAUCAUCUCCAUUGCACAUCGAUAGCGAUAUACAGCGAUCCACUACAGCAACGGACUCAUGUCAAGGGUGAGUGAGGCCUUAUGUAGUGUCUGUCCACUGUGACUGCCCCAAGUCAUCUUCAAUAAAUACUGGGUUUUACCUGA